UUCCGUCAAAUAAAAUAAAUAUAGAGUCUAGAUCUAGACCUAGAUCUAGUGAUUUAUUAGUGAUUAAAUGAGUUUGUAGACACAUGUUAAAAGAAAUACUUACGCAAUUUAGAAUAUAGAUCUAUUUGAAUAUUAUCUUUUAAUGUAAAACAAUAUAAAAAUUAAAACACACAGACAUGAAUAAAGGGUGGCUGGAGCUAGAAAGUGAUCCUGGCCUGUUCACAUUGCUGUUAGAAGAUUUCGGUGUGAAUGGAGUUCAGGUGGAAGAAAUUUAUGACCUGCAAAAACCAAUGGAAGGGCCUGUUUAUGGUUUUAUUUUUUUGUUCCGUUGGAUUGAAGAACGAAGAAGUCGGAGGAAAACAAAUACAGAAGUUGAAUCAUUUGUAACAGAUGCUGAUGCUGUUAAUAAUAUAUUUUUUGCCCAGCAGAUUAUUCCCAACUCCUGUGCCACACAUGCUUUACUUAGUGUUUUGCUGAAUUGUGACAACAAACUUAAACUUGGGAAAACUUUGAACCUGAUUAAAGAUUUUACAUAUUCAAUGUCACCAGAGGACAAGGGUUACGCUAUAGCUAAUAUGCCAGAACUAGCAAGAGUCCACAACAGCUUUGCUAGGCCUGAGAAUAGUAAACCAUUACCAGAGAAGCAAGCCGGCCUUUCAAGUGUAAGAACAAUGGACUCUGAAACUUUUCACUUUGUCAGCUAUGUUCCUAUUCAUGGUCGACUAUUUGAGCUAGAUGGAUUGAAACCACAUCCGAUUGAUCAUGGUCCAUGGGAAAAGGGGGAAGAUUGGACAGAAAAAUUUCGACGUGUUAUUACUGACAGACUUGGCAUGGCAACAGGAGGUGAACCAUAUCAUGAUAUUCGGUUUAAUUUAAUGGCUGUGGUACCAGACAAGCGCCAGCUUUUGGAACACAAACUUUUGACCUUAAAAACUAACAGAAAAAUUGUACUUGAAGCUUUACAACAGCUGCUGGAUACAAAGGUUGUCUCCCCUACCACCAGUGAAAAAUCAGAUUCUGACUGCAAAAACCAAAGCAGUGAGAACAAAAAGACAGUGACUUUCACAACAGCUCCUCCAACCUUUGCACCCUCACCCAGUGCAGUGACAACUGUGUCGCCCUCAACUUCUUCCCUCCCUAACAGCGCUGUGUCAACCACUGCCUCAGUUUCAACCCACUCAAACACAUCAGUGCUAAAAUCAUCCACAAAUCUCUCAAACCAGAAUGAGCAGAUGAAACUUAGGUCAUCUUCUACCUUAAAUAAACUUUCUCACACAGACGGUCAAUGUUCUCUAUCAGAUGCUCAGACUCUGACCGAUGAGAAACCUGUUGUAACUUCUGAACCUUUAGGGAUAAAUGGCAUAAAAGAAAAUGAAAAGUGUAAUAUAAAACCAGAACCAAUGGAUGUGAACACAGAGGUGAAAGUGGAGAUCAAGACGGUCAAGGUUGAAAAUUGUGCGGCAUCAGAAACAAAAAUUACAGUGCAGGUGAGUUCAAGCAAUGGGGGUGUGUGCACGGACAUCACCAAACCCCUCAGCAUUGAGACCAAGUUCAGCAGCUCACCCUGCGCAGCCAGCAAUGAGAGCACAGAUACAGCCUCAGAAAUAGGCAGCGGGUUCAGCUCUCCCGGAAGUUUGAAUACAAGCUCCUGCCAGAGCAGUCCUCAAUUUUUAGAAAGUGGGACUAACACAGAUGGCAGUGAUGAUGCUUCAAAACUUAAACGAAAGAGAAAAUCAAGCCACGUCUUCACUCCAAAGGAUUUGCUAGAUUUGUUAAAAAAUGUUGACAAAGAAAUAGAAUCUUGUGAAUCAAGUCUUAAAGAAGAAAAUGAAAAGCGCAAAAAGUAUAAGAUUGAUGCUUGCAGAAGAACUCACAACUAUGAUACAUUUAUUAUGACGUUUCUCAGAAUGUUGGCAGAACAAGGACUUUUAGGUGACCUCAUGGAGGAAAAUAUCAAUAUUAAAAAACCAGGUGGAAAUGCCACCACUGGCCCUAAGAUGACAAAAAAAGCUUUACUGAAAGCAUCUGAAAAGAAAAAGAAAGCAAAAAUAAAAAAGAAAGGAAAAAAAUAACACCCUUUUAGUAUUUUUUAGCAAUAAUUUAUGAAUUGAAGUGUGCCACAUUGCCAGUUUAAUAUAAACAGUGUGAUAUUGUAGUUACUGCCUUUCUACUACCAGCUAAAAAUGACUGUUUUUCUGUUGCUGUUAAUUUGGGAAGGGGGAUAUGUUACAUUUGAUUGAUAAAUUAUAAGACUGUUUUUUCUUCUGUCAUCUUUAUUGGGUAUAUAUUUUUGUUUUUGUUAUAAAAGGCCAUUGUAAUAAUUCCUGAAAUAUUCUUUAAUGACUAUUUAAAUUGCUAUUGUAAAUUUGUGUAUAAAUGUAAAAAACAUUUUUCUGUAAACUAAUUGUGGAAUGCUUUACUCUUUUAAUGUUAAGCACUUUUACAAACUGUAAUCACAAGCUUUGAUGAAGUGGCUGAUGUUGGUCCUGGAUACGGUCUGAAUUUGUUUGAGCAUUAAAUUUACAUUGCUGAGAAAAAUGCAAGCAAAUAAAAAUAAAUAAAAAUUUCAUGCAC